GAUUAGUGUGGUUUCACCUUUGUGUGUGUGUGUGUGUGCGUGCGCUUCUACGGGCCAGGUUAAGUAGCUUGGUUACAUAUGUAAUACCUCCGUGUACUUACUAAAGUGGGACGUUAUGGAGCUGUGACCAAGAUCGACCUGGCUGUUUUUUCUUUAUCUCUGAGAGGACAUAUUGAGUGUGUAUUUGCGGUUUAAAAACCUGCUGCUGCUCAUCGACGCCGCUCAAACUGCUGCGCGUUCCGAGGAUCCGUCCGAGUCCGACGCAGGAUGAGAAUGAGGUCUUCGUCUGCUUAGCGGCCCAUCCCUGUUAAAGAUGGUUCAGCGAAGGUCCUCUGUGAUUAUUCCUCCUCCUGUGGUUAUGGUUGCACCCAGCAAGCAGUCAGGAAUGUCCUCCUUCUCCUGCCUAUGACAUGGUUUAACUCUUAUGUAUGAUCUGGUCACCAUGAUGGCCUCCAUGGUUGCCAAUGGAAACCGAGACGGGCAGUCUCUGGUCUUGAAAGGGGUGGAUCCAGAGACCUGCAUGAUAGUAUUCAAAAACCACUGGGCUCAGGUGGUGAAGAUCCUAGAAAAGCAUGACCCCCUGCGCAGCAGUUCCACCCUGCCCUCCCUCAGUGUCAUCAAUCUCAGUGCUGGCUCUAGCGGUGGCCCUCGUUUCGGCCCCAUCCCAGGAGACGAGGCGAGUGCGGUCCAGAACUAUGUGGAGCACAUGUUGUUCCUGUUGAUGGAGGAGGAGAGCGGUCAGGCCGGCGCUAUGGGCCCCAUCCUGGAGUUUGUGGUGAUGGAGAAUGUGAUGGAGCGUCUCUUCGUGUGGAGCCUCCGCAGGGAGUUCACGGACGACAUGAAGCUGGAGCAGCUGAAGAUGUACGAGAUGCUGGUGGGGCAGGCGCGCCAGCCGCUGCUGCAUCACAAGCCCAUCCUGCGGCCGCUCAUAAUGCUGCUGUCGUCCUGCUCGGGCAUGGCGGCGCCCGCGGUCGAAGCCGAGCUGGUGCUGCUGCUCAACCAGCUGUGCUGCGUUCUGGCGAAGGAUCCUUCGAUUCUGGAGCUGUUCUUCCACACCAGCGAGGAUCAGGGAGCCACCAACUUCCUCAUUUUCUCCCUCCUCAUCCCCUUCAUCCACAGGGAGGGCACAGUGGGCCAGCAGGCCAGAGAUGCUCUGCUGCUCAUUAUGUCGCUGUCUGCUGAGAAUGAGCGAGUGGCCAAACACAUCGCGGAGAACACCUACUUCUGUCCGGUGCUGGCCACAGGGCUGAGCGGUCUGUACUCAUCUCUCCCCACCAAGCUGGAGGUUCCCAGUGAAGAGUGGCACUGCCUCCACAAAGAGGACUGGCUGAAGACGCCGUCACUUGUCCAGUUUCUUAACUCACUGGAAUUCUGCAACGCUGUUAUUCAGGUGGCCCACCCUGAUAUCAGGGACCAGCUGGUUAGUUACAUCUACAAUGGAUUCCUUGUGCCUGUCCUAGCACCAGCUCUUCACAAGCUCACCCUGGAGGAAGUGAUGACCACCACAGCGUACCUCGACCUCUUCCUGAGAAGUGUUUCAGAGCCGGCCCUGCUGCAGACUUUCCUCUCUUUCAUCCUCCUCCAUCGACAUGAGAGCGUCCACAUCUUAGAUACUCUGGUCAGCCGCAUCAACACCCCCUUCCAGUUGGGCACUGUGUCACUGGCACUCUUCCGCACUCUCAUUGGCUUGUACUGUGAAGAUGUGAUGCUGCAGCUCGUAUUGAGGUACCUGAUCCCCUGUAAUCACAUGAUGUUGAGUCAGAGGCGUGUGGUGAGAGAGAGGGACUGCUACUCUGUGUCAGCAGCCAAGAUCCUGGCAUUAACGCCAUCCUGCUGCUCUCCUGAUCGCAGCCCCCCACCCCUCCGACAGCUGGACUCCAUCCUCUUUUCCAAGGGAGCAGAGACUGCCAAUAACACUGACACCGCAGAGGAAAACGAGAGCUUCCCAGAAGAGGAUGAUGAUAACUCCUGCACCAUUGGGUCAGAAAUCUACCUGGAUGUCAGUUACCUCCAUUACCUCUAUGAUGCCCGUCUGAGCAUCAGCAGCUGCAUGCGGGCCUGCCAGGUUUGGUCGGCCCCGUACGACGGUGAGGAACCCCCACCUGAGAAGUAUCAGCCAGGCGUCCUCGAGGAGCCGGGGCUCAAGAGUCGACAAACCCAGAUAACGCUAAAGAGAGUUCCACAGCCGCUGGUGCAGCGCCCUCAACCCUGUCCGCCGCCGAGCACAGAGCCGCCCUCCGUCAACCAGCUGGAGCUGGAGUGGGAUGACAGCUACGACGCAUGCCCGGUGCAGACUGCAGAGGCCUCAGUGGAGAGUAAAUCUCCACAGCCACCUCCUGCUGAGCCCCCAAAGCACAUCCAGGAGAUGAGGAGAACAGCCAUCAUGUUGGUUAAAGGCUCAUACAUUGAGGAAAAUGAAUUCCAGGAUGACGUCAUGGUGUACGAUCUUGUCGCCAAGAAAGACGCUAGAGACGUCGAGCACGGUAAGAACAAACCCAACGGGACAAAAUCAGAAGACUCCCAACCAGCCCCAGCAGAAGUUCCCCUCAAAAACGGACUAAGUGUAACACUUCCAACCGCUGUGAUGGCUGACAAUGGCAAGAAUAACUUGGACACGAAGGCCAAAGGUCAAACAGACUGUAAUUCAAAUCUCCAAAACACAACUGCUGCUGAGUUGGGGGAUGACCUUUUGGCACAGUACGAGGAGCUCAUUCGUACGUUGGACACACAAGCAGUUGGAAAACUGGUCAAAGCUGAUGGAGAGACGAAGAAGCCUGUCACACCUGUGGAGGAGAAGGAGGAGGAGGAGGAGAUGGAUUUCACUUCCUUCUCUGCUGAAACACCAGAGCCUGAGAAACUGCAGUCACCGUUUGGGACCAAGCUCCUCAGCGGAAGUACAAGUAGAAGCUAUUCAGUGCCUUUCACAGGUCCAUUUGUCAGCGUGCUGUUGUCUCGUCUGGAGAACAUGCUCUCUAACUCGCUUUACGUCAACCUAUUGUUGACGGGCAUCCUGGCUCAGUUGGCGGCCUACCCUCAGCCUCUCCUGCGCUCUUUCCUCCUCAACACCAACUUGGUUUUUCAGCCAACUGUUCGCUCCUUGUACCAGGUACUAGCCACCGUGAAGAACCAGAUAGAAGAGCUGGCUGCCACCAGAAAGGACUUUCCAGAGCUGAUCACUACGGCCCAGCACUGGCUGCUGGCCAGGGAGACGUCGUUCAUGGCAGCAGACAAAAACAGCAGCAGUGGCUCCACCCACGGCGAGACGGCAAGGAUCUUGAAGAAUUCGCCGCCACCAAAACCCAAAGCCAUCUCUCUGGAUCAGACAGAAGUCUUUGCUACCGUCCUCUUCACGGAGUUCCUCAAAGAACUGGCUGCAAUUGCACAAGAGCACUCCAUCUUAUCUUACAUUCCUAUGGAAGAGUAACAGUGUCCCAAUAGGCCUCUGUGAUGAGUCCAACUUAACUCUGAAAGAUUUGAAAAUACUCUCUUUUAUGGUGGUUUUCUAUUUUCCCAGGUAAUACUUGAUGAAGAAACCUCUUAGAUACAGUGAUUUAUACAACUAUAUUAAAGAAAAUGGUAGAGUAUUUAUUUUCCUGAGCAAAGAUAAUCACUUUUGUGAUCUUUUUAAUUUCAUCUUUCUAGUUCUGUAAAGUGUUGGGCAGCAAGGGAGGAGGUCCGAACCUUAGAGCUUGAAAAUCUUGAACCUGUUUGCUGAUGCCUGCGCCAGCUGAUAAUGCUUAUAAAGGCGAGCUCCAGGUCCACCAACCAAAGACUGUAGAGAGAGGAUUUUAACAAAAACCAGCAAUUUUUUAAAACAAUCAUAACCCUUAUCUGAACUGCCCUUAUUUUGAAUGUCCUCUACAACCAGCUCCAGUCACAGUACGAUGUCUGCUGCUCAGUGUGGUUCUCUUGUUACUCAGGUGGCCUUUCUGGACCGUUGCCUCUUCGCCAUAGGAUUACACACCUCUGAAUUAGCAGCAUGAAAAUGCCAUUUGAUUUUCACACUGUCGUAGCUGAUUGGCAGCAGCAUUGACGUCAAUCACAGAGACACAUCCUAACUUUUUCCUCUGUUCCUAUGCAGCUGUUACACAACUUAAAAAUCUUUACUAAAACAGGUUGGUCACUUUUGUCUUUAAACUUUACACAAGUGGUUUUUCCACAGUCGUCGUGUGUUAGAUGUACAUUUGUUUUGGUGUUUUCCUGUUGAUUCAUGACGGUACCUCAGGAGUCUUUUAAUGCACGUUCUGUUCUCUCGGUUCUUUACAAGCCUUUGGGUGAAGCAAUUUUCCUAUGAUGCACUAGUUUCUUAAUGGGCUCCACAUGUUCUCCAGACUUUAGCACCAAAACCAGGAUUGUUCUUGCUAUAUUUAAUUUGCCUUACUUUAGUGAUGCUUUAUAAUGUACAUACUUUAAGAACACUAUGCAAAUCAAGGAUAUUUUGGGUGUAAUUAAGUUUGGGAUAUUUUCAGAAUGGGAUGGGGUAUUUAAGCUUUUUCGAGAGUUUCUAUUGCCAUAUUUGUUUUUUGUUUUUUUUCAAAGUUUAUAUUAGAGGCUUCUUAGUUAUGGUUUGUCAUCACUUUAUUCUAUGUAGGGAUUGUGUAGGGUGUUGUUUUAGUUGUGGUAAGUAUGAAGUAUCAUUGUUGGGAGAGUUGUAGUUUUACAUCUGUUGAAAACCAUCUCAAACUGUAACGGUUACUGAGGGGAGCCUGUUGUAAAUUGCCUUUAUUUAGUCCACAUGGUUAUUAGAAUAAGAUAUAAUACAAGAGAUAUAUUUUGUUACAAAGCAUGCCUCUACUAAGUGAAUUUACCAGGACAGAAAUAGUUUUAAAUUAGUGCCUAAAUUAUGAUUUUAGUUCACACAUUGGCCUGAUUUUGAAUGGAUUUACAAAGGAGUAACGGAAUAUUUUAUUGUGAAAUGUUGUUUUACUUAAAGCUGUCCAUUGUCAAGGUAUAAAGGAAAGGCCAUAGGGUCUGAACAGUAUAUUGUUAUGAUUUGUUUCUGUUUUUGACUGAGAAAACUCAGUUUCUAGAAGCAAAAGAAAUCAAUCACCAUACCUGACCCUCCGCCACUUGAGUGAAAGAUGCAGUUAAUCUAAUGUGGACAUUUAAAAAAAUUAAAGUAUGACUCCUUUUAUGAGAAUUUGUUGCACAACCCUUAAUAAACCCUACAAUUUAAAUAUAAAAGUAUAACACAAACGAUUAAAACUAAUUAUUCAGAAGUAAUUCUUGUAAUUGUUUUCUAUUCAGACUCUGAGAUAAUGGACUGCUUUGAGUAGAUCUAACAAAAUGUAACAUGCAUUUGUAGAAAUGUAGAAAAACUUUGCAUUAGCAUUGUGAUUUACACUGAGUUAAUCAAUGUUUUCAUCUCAUAAAUUCAUCUAAUAAGAUCAAGAAUUAUAUUUAAGUUUUAAAUUUGGAUUGUGUAUUUUUGUUCCUAUUUAAAUCCAUUCAGUUUCUACUUGAUGCUAUGCAGGCAGAGAGUAAUUUCUGUAAUACUUUUUUUAAAACAACAACAACAAAAAAAGGCUUGGAAAUGUAUAUUUGUAUCAAUCAAAGCCAUUUUCAGUACUGUCUUUCUCUUUGGUAAAAGAAUGUUGCAGAGCACUUUAUCAGCCUUUUCAUGUGAUGGAGUCAAUCUGCACUGCUGACUCAGCCCUUCAACCAGCACAGGUUCAGUCUGUAUAACACACCCAGCACAGUAUACAAACAAUCACUGUUUUAGCAGCAUUGUGGCAUGAAAACGGGUAUAACAACCAAGGUUAUAGACCAGUUUCUGUCUCAGUAGGUUCCAAAGAUUCAUCCUCUCUGACACCAUUUGGCCUCAAUUUGUCUGUCAGAGAAGUGAUCAGGUUGCUGUUUGUUGCUGAAGUCUAAGACACAAAGGCAUGCCUCUUUCAAUAAAGACAACUUCUGGUAAAUGAAA